CACGCCCACUCGGCAAAAGUUCUCGGCAGCCGCCGCACCCGGACGUUGGCUAAGCUACAACGGCAGCAGCCACAGAUAUUGAAAGAUGCAGACCAUAAAGUGCGUGGUAGUGGGAGACGGAGCAGUGGGAAAAACCUGCUUACUGAUUUCUUACACAACCAACAAAUUCCCUUCAGAAUAUGUGCCUACGGUAUUUGAUAAUUAUGCUGUCACUGUGAUGAUUGGAGGAGAACCAUACACACUUGGCCUUUUUGACACAGCAGGUCAGGAAGAUUAUGACAGACUGCGGCCACUCAGUUACCCUCAGACUGACGUGUUCCUUGUGUGCUUCUCUGUUGUCUCACCUUCCUCCUUUGAGAAUGUCAGAGAAAAGUGGGUACCGGAGAUCUCUCACCACUGUCCCAGGACUCCGUUCCUGCUAGUGGGUACUCAGGUCGACUUGAGAGAUGACAGUAACACAGUGGAAAAGCUUGCCAAGAACAAACAGCGUCCCCUGUCUCCCGAGAGUGGAGAAAAGCUGUCCAGAGACCUAAGAGCCGUCAAAUAUGUUGAAUGCUCCGCCCUCACACAGAGAGGUUUAAAGAACGUGUUUGAUGAGGCCAUUCUAGCUGCGCUGGAGCCUCCUGAGACCAAACCCAAGAAACGCUGCAUUCUCUUAUAGAGGAGAGAAUGGAGAAAAAGAAAGAACCAUGGAAUUUGGGAACAGGUUGAUCUGAGUGCGAGAAAUCUGAGGCAUUCAGUCAGUGCCUUUAGUUUUACUGAAUUAGUAGAGUGGUUUGUGUGGUAAUAUGCUAUACAUCUCUCGUCCUAACUAAAGAUCAGUCUUUCUGCAUUCAAACAUUGAAUGCCUUAAAUAGACUUGAAGAGAUGUCUGGCAGUUUUUUAAACUUUUUUUUUUUUUUGGAUCCACAUGUUUGCCAUAACUAACUCAACCCACAACCACCAGAAUAGUUUGAUUCCUAUUUUUUCAGCGCAAAGCCCCAACUUUAACUCUGUCUGCAGUUUAAAGAAGAAGAAAAUGGUCAUCUGAUCAGUCCUUCUGUUCCUCCUUUUGUGUUUGUCUGCGUUGACACAACUGGAACUCCAAGUGUUUCUUACCUCCUUCCUGCCCUCUGCAGGCCUUAGAAUGAACUGAAUUUUUAUUAUUCCUUUUCUUUUCCUACUGUCUUUUUUUUAGAUUUUGGCGUAUUAAUAAUGAGUAUUGAACGAUUUCUUUCCUUUUCAUUUUUGGGAGUGGGUGUUCAGCAGUUAGGUGUUUUUUAUUGCUAUUUUUAAUAUUGUAUGAUUUCUUUUUAGUUUUUUAUUUUUUAUUAUUUUUUUUUUUGAGUGCCACUUCAUUGCUUCAGUUGGUGUUUUUGACUUAACAAAUGUAACUGCAUUCUACUGAUUUAUUAAAAUAGCUGGUCUUUACAUUGGUAAUAAUUACAGUGAUAGCAAUAACAGUUCCAAAUGAUAUGAAUGCAGAAUGUGGAAUUAAUGCAGGAGUGGAAUUAAUGAAAAUGACUGUAAUUAAAAAAGAUGAACAGUAAGCACUGUUUCAUUUUACAAUGCCAUACAAUACAAUCUAACUUCACCCUG